AAUAUAACAAUCAUAACUUUAUACUAAAUUUAAUAUUCAUAUCUGCAGCUACAUGUAAUCACCAGUAUUAAUAACCGGACUCGAGAACAAGGAUUCAGGACAUUUACAAUUAAUCCUCGAUUUCAUUAGAUUCAGUAAACCAGGAAAUGUUUUUCCGAAGUGGCCAAACGCCGGCAACUAGGUCCUUCCGGUGCUGCGGAACCGUCGUCUUCUCGUUAAUUCGCUGUAUCGUACCCGCCCAGCCAACGUUGUCGUUGGUGCCAUUAUCCUGCAGACAUGGUGAAAGCUUUUAAAGAGGAAUUUGAGCUAAAAAAUUGGAAAAUCAAUGAUGCUGAGCCAAGGACGUUUGUCAUUGGACAGUUGGUUCCGAUGUUUUUCUACCCUUUGUGGACGUUGAUAUGGGCCAUAUAUCAUGCUCUGAAUUUCAUCCUGAUGCCGUACUACAGAACAGAAUUGGCGCCCUAUCCUGAGCCCUGGCCAUUCUAUCUCUCAAACUGGACGUACACCGUUCUAACGAUAGGGGCCGUUUGGGACUGCGUGGCCACCAUCUACGUCUAUUUGAAAAAACAGAGUCUGCUCGUGCCUGUGCCAGGUGCCCUGGCCAGCACACCUUGGUUUCAGCAGGUGGUGUGGGUCACCUAUAACAUCACAAACGUCACCAAUCUGACCAUGACUAUUCUGCUGGGCAGUCUAGUCACUUACCGUUCUGACGCCGCCAGUAUACUCAUUCAAAUCUUCAGUUCGAUCUACGUCAUCGCCAACAUAUUCAUCGGCGCCAAGGAAACCAGAAUUCUCCACGUCUAUCAACCGAUAGCCUUCAUGUUCGUGUAUAUUGUUUUCAAUAUGAUUUACAGCAUGGCUUCCGGUAAAGCCGUGUAUUCCACCAUGAAUUGGAGAGGACAGCCGGGAUUCAGCAUUCUCUGGCUGUUUGGUCUGCUGCUGUUGAUCGCCCCUCUCGUUCACUUGUUCGUCUAUGGGCUGUACAGACUCCGAGAGUUCAUCAAUGACAAGUGCUGCAAGAAAGAUGUCACCGAUGUAGUCUAGGAAAGGCGUUGUGUUGGUGUAGUGUAGGACGAUGUAGGGUGUAGACGUCACAGCGUAGACUUUGUGUAGUGGACUGAAGUGAAAAAUAUUUAAACUCUGAUAAAACGAACUACAUGCGUAUCAGGGUUUCACGAGGUGGUACAUGCUAUAGUCGUUUCUAACACUUUGUACUAUUCGUCUACUAUUACAUUAUAAUUCAUGAUAUCUAAAAACUAAUUGUUUUAGGGAUUUGGUAUUAAGAAGAGGGUAAAGUCGCAAUGUCUUAUAUCUAGAUGAUAUAUACAGAUGUAGCUGUAACAGCACACAGUUAUCAAUAUUACAUGAAAUGUAUUAUGUGGAAUAAAUUAGUUU